AUGGGCUUCGAGCAAAGCCCGCACGAGGCAGCCAUCUACCGGUGGGGCAAUGGAGGAGACGCCCUGCUAGUGGGUGUCUAUGGCGACGACUUGGUGAUCACCGGUACCAAGGAUGCGGAGGUGGCGGCGUUCAAGGAAGAGAUGAAGGCCACCUUCCAGAUGAGUGACCUAGGACCUCUCUCCUUCUACCUGGGGAUCGAGGUGCACCAGGACGACUCCGGAAUCACGCUUCGACAGACCGCCUAUGCCAAGCACGUCGUUGAGCUGGCUGGGCUCACCGACUGCAACCCAGCUCUCACUCCGAUGGAGGAGAGGCUGAAGUUGAGCCGCGACAGCACGACGGAGAAGGUGGACGCUACGCAAUAUCGGCGUCUUGUGGGGAGCCUUCGCUACCUCGCCCACACACGGCCGGACUUGGCAUUCUCCGUCGGCUACGUUAGUCGGUUCAUGCAGCGACCGACGACAGAGCACCAGCAGGCUGUGAAGAGGAUCAUCCGCUACGUUACAGGGACUCUCGACCAUGGUCUCUACUACCCGAGGUGUCCUGGGGAGGCACACUUCGUCGGGUACAGCGAUAGCGACCACGCCGGCAACAUCGACACCAGCAAGAGCACGAGCGGGACCCUCUUCUUCCUCGGCAAGUGCCUCAUUAGCUGGCAGUCUGUCAAGCAGCAGGUGGUGGCUCUGUCCAGCUGCGAGGCCGAGUACAUAGCGGCCUCCACCGCUUCGACUCUGGCGCUCUGGCUCGCUCGACUGCUUGAUGGUCUUCUCGGCAGAGACACUGGAGCGGUGGAGCUCAGGGUGGACAGCAAGUCCGCUCUUGCCCUGACAAAGAACCCCAUUUUCCAUGAACGGAGCAAGCAUAUUCGGGUGAGGUACCACUUCAUCCGAGGCUGCUUGGAGGAAGAGAGUAUCAAGGCAAGCUACAUCAACACCAAGUACCAGCUUGCGGACCUGCUCACCAAGCCCCUUGGGAGGAUCAAAUUCCUUGAGCUUUGUUCCCGGACCGGGAUGGUCCAACUUUCCCACAAGACGACGCACAAGACUUAG